AUGCCGCAGUUGACGCUCCAGGAGCCGACGCUUCGAUAUGCGGCCAUAGCCAUCGGCGCCCUGCGACGCGCGUAUAACGAAGAAGGCCAUAGUGUGGCAUCGGCCUUGACGAUUGACAACCAGCACUAUAUGAAUGCAAUCACUUACUAUUGCGAAGCGCUGCGCAUGCAGUCCAAGGCACGACCGACCCGCGAGGGCUUGCGGACCGCCAUGCUGUCAUCAUUACUAUUCAUCUGCUUCGAGACCCAGCGGGCGAACAUGCCCGUGGCACUCAAGCACAUCACGCAUGGUUUCAGCAUGCUGAACGAGUUGGCGGCCUGCACUGAAAAGGCCCCUGACCUCGUCAGCAUCGCACCCGCGCCGCCCUCCCUCGUGCAAGAGAUCCUCGAUUGCUACAAGCCACUUGAGCUGCAAUCGAGAUCGUUCAUGGGCUCGUACCAGAAGUUCUUCUUCCCCCCAAGCCAACGGCAACAGAAGGGGGGCAUACCUGGAGGGCCUCCGGAGGCUGGUCAAGGGACUGGGUCACCAAAUCCCGCUGGUGAGACACGAACCCCGGCCGACAACGCUUCAUCGCAGUCCGCAUCGCCCGCUGCGGCUUCAAGCCCAGCGAGUCAGCCGGGCACGCCGUGGCAGAGCCAAGCCGCCAAGGCGCAGCAAACGACACCGCACACGGGCCUCCCUAGUCCCUCCAGCCAAGACAGUCCGCAAAGUCAGGAGUCUGGCCCAACACCGCCUAGGCCGCAACGGCCGCCUGGAAUCUUGCCAUUCACCAAACACUCACCAUACUUCCGACCAAAAAAGUCGUCAAUUCACUCCUUGGAAGAGCUGCCUCGCGUCUUCUCGUCCGCCGAUGAGGCUCAGGGAUAUUGGGGCCUCCUGCAGCGGCAAAUGGUCCAGUACAUUCCCAUUCUGAGUGUCAUCACAAGCCAGCUCAAUCUGCCCCAGGUGCAGGAUGAAGCAGAGCUGGAAAUGAAGUUGUCCAGCGUCAGACAGAACCCACGAAUAUCCCGCUUCGUGGCCGAGUCGCGGUACUGGCUGCAGAGAUGGAUCGAGGCGUACGAUCCCCUCUACUACGCCGCGGCAAGGAACAAGGAGCAAGACCUCCAGGCGUACCUCCAAGCCGCGAAUCUUCGCAUUGAAUACUUGGUUCUGUACAUUUAUACCGCGAUGCCACGCUUUUCCGGCCUGAUCACAGCCAGGGGUCUUACACCUCAGUACCGCGAGAUCAACACACUGGCCGAGAUGCUCCUGCGGGUCCGACCCAACUGUGGCUUCGCCAUGGAUUCGGGGUGGACGUGGCCCUUGUUUGUGUCGGCGUUUGGCUGUCGCGACCCGUCUGUCCGGGAUGACGCCAUCCGCAUCCUAGGCGAGUACCCCAUCCGCAAUGCUCUACGAGAUUCACGCGUCUUCCGAGCGAUUGCGCUCAAGAACCAGCUCGCCGAGCAGGAGAGCGCAUCGUGCGGCGACGACGAGCAGCUGCAGUGGCUGCGCCUGCGAAGGCGGGAGGUGGUCUUUGAGGAUUUCGGGACGAACAUUGUCUUUCGCAGUGCGAAGCGAGAGCCGGAGACGGGACGGUGGGUGGUGGUGGAAGAGGCUGCCAAUUUCACCUUGCAGGCGGAUGGGACGUUGGACUGGCACGUGCAGCCUAUAUCGUCGUCGACAUCGAUACUCUCGGGUGUCUGUUGA